AUGCCCGAAACGACUAAAGUGGUGCCGCUUACCUGCCAUGGGCACUCGCGACCUGUCCCACAUAUCCACCUCUCAUCUAUUGUAGACGAAGACCAGUAUUAUAUUAUAUCAGCGUGCAAGGAUGGCAACCCUAUGCUUCGCGACGGCAUCACGGGCGACUGGAUUGGUACUUUCUUGGGUCACAAGGGCGCUGUCUGGCAAGCGAGGCUCUCUUCGGAUGCUUCUCUAGCAGCAACAGCGUCGGCGGAUUUCUCUGCGAAAGUAUGGGAUACCCAUACUGGCGAAGCCCUGCAUACACUUUCCCACAACCAUAUUGUCCGUGCGGUCGCAUUCCCCAAUCAACCCCACCCUCAGAUCCUAGCGACAGGUGGCAUGGAGAAGAAACUGCGCAUAUACGACCUCUCUCGGAGCGAUUCAGCAACGAGCUUUGAGAUUGGCGCUGGUGUUCAUGGCGGAACCAUCAAGUCAAUUGUGUGGACAUCGGACCCGAACGUCGUAAUUACAGCCGCAGAGGAUAAGAAGGUGCGGUGGUGGGACCUCCGGCAAGAGGCCACAAUUGGCGAACACGCAGUUGAAGGCGUAGUAGGCACGUGCGAGUUGGAUAACACUUCCUCGGACGGCGCGCUGAGUGUGGCCGCUGGGAACAGCGUCUACUUCUUUGAUAGCCUUUCGCCUGGCUCGCUCAUCAAGAGCAUCAAAACGCCGUACGAGAUCGCUAGUGUAGCGCUACAUAGCGGGCAGCGGCGAUUCGUUACUGGUGGUAGCUCCCAGAACGACACCUGGGUCAGGGUAUGGGACUUUGAUGAGGAGAAAGAGCUGGAGACAAAUAAGGGACAUCACGGCCCCAUCUGGUCAGCAAGUUUUUCUCCCGAUGGAAAACUAUAUGCGACUGGCAGUGAAGACGGAACGGUCAAGCUCUGGAAGUUUACAACAGGGCCAUACGGAUUGUGGAAAUAG